UUGUGGAAGAGAUUAUUUACUACAAUCAGAUAUGCAGAUGCUGAAAGUGCUAGUCCACGAAUGCAUUCAGAUUUUGAAAUAGAAUCACAACAUUUAGACGGAUAUAAUAAAUUGAGUGAAGAAAUGAAAUCAUUUAGUAUUAUAGCUCAAGCUCAACAUAUAAAUUACAUCAAAGAAAAAUUAAGUUCAAAGAAACAAUUAGUUACCCGUUCCAUUCCUGUUACAAUCGAUAAAGUACAAAUACAAUCAGCGAAAAGUUCAAUGAAGAAAGAAGAACUGAUAUUGAUAAUUGAAUCACUAAUCAGAUCUUUAAACGAGACUAAUUGGCCACAAUUUCAAGGAUUAAAAUCGAAAAGAAAAGAUGAGUUAUUAAUUAUUCUGCAAGAAGUUCGAGAUUUAACUAAUG